CUUUCUUCAAAUUACUCAAGAUGUUUAUUCAUUCCAGUUGUAACUUCUAUUUUAGGCUCAUUAAAAUAGUGACCUUGAUUUCCUCAAUAAUUAAUUUCAGAGAGAAAUGAGCAAACAAAUAUGUGGCAUUUUGAACUGAUGCAUUUCUGUGUAAAUUUGUAUUGUUGGAACUCAACCUGUCAGUCAGUCAGUCGCUAUAAGCUUAUGUCAUAGUUAUGAUAAGCUUGUUUACAUUUGUUGUCGUUAUCUGAAACGUAUGUCUCCUUUUUUUCUCUCAAGAUUUUAGGUGCUUUUUUGACUUUUUCACACUCAGUCAUACACAUAUGUCACCAAAAAGGGUUAAAAAGAGUGAAUUAAGGUAAGUGGUUUGGAAAGUUCUCACUGCUGACUUCUAUAUAUAUGCAUAUAUUUUCGGCAAAUUCUUAUAUCACGUUAGGUAUUUGUCAUAUUUUAUUCCAGGUAACGGUGUUGAAAUCAACUGGUAUCACACUUCCACAUGUUUCGGUGGCCUGACAUUCCUCUAUUAACCAGAAAAAACCAAAAUAUAAUUUGUUACUUCAGAACUGAACACUUGCUCAGAUUAGCCUCAGAAUGCGAUUUGCCAGUUAUUGCACAGCUGGUGAAUUAUCUGCGUCAAAAAAUGGUAGAUUUUGGCUUUAUAGAAGACAAGCGGCAUUUGAGAGAUUCCAUGGAUGUUGACUGGUUGGAUGAUAAGACGCUCCAAUUGAAGUUAGACUUCGAGGACGCCUAUCACAUAUGGUCAGUGAGGGGAACAGAAGCCUCCUUUGAAAGAUACCAAAAUCUUCAUCGAAAAUUAUUGGAGCGGUACAGUCACCUACACAGUAAAUGGGAGGAGAAGAUAAAACUGUGUAAUCAUUCUGAAAUUUCGGCAGUGAAGAGUAAAUUGAGUGAGGAUAAUAAAGCAGCCUACAAGGAAUUAUUGCAAAAAUUGAAGGAUGAUGACAGCUGCGAUCCUCCAUCAUCCUGCAAUGCUUCGUCAUCAUCCACCUCUCAUGCACACCAGCAAACCGGACGUACUCUUCCUCGUAUAAGCUGCUAUAUCCCCUAUAAAUAGAUGCCCUAUCGAUGCGUAAAACCUACCGAAGGACUAGUUGCUCAUGAUUAUAAUAGUGGUGAACAACAUGUAUGACUGCUAUUCAUCUCAUCUCAUCACUAUUCUCCAUUCCUUUAUGUAUAUAACUGUGUUGGUUACUUUUGUUUUGUUCUCAGAUUACUAUGUAUUCCUGUACAGUACUAUUUUUUAAAGAAAACAAUUAUUAAAGACAAAUUUCUCUGUGUG